AUGGCCUCAGGAGGGGCCUCAGCUCCAGCGGCUCCAGCGGCCCCACAUCUGGCCACCAAAGUGGAGCUGACCAUCUCCUGUAAUAACCUGAUGGACAUGGACGUCUUCUCCAAGUCGGACCCCCUGUGCGCCUUGUACAUCAGCGCCUCCGGCUCCCACUGGUAUGAGUUUGGGCGCACGGAGAUGAUCCUCAACUGCCUGAACCCCAAGUUUGCGAAGAAGUUUGUCCUGGACUACUACUUUGAGAUGGUGCAGAAGCUAAAGUUUUGCGUGUACGAUAUCGACAACAACACCUACGAUCUGAGCGAUGACGAUUUCCUCGGCGAGCUCGAAUGCACUCUGGGACAGAUCUGUGCUGAGGAAAUAACGGACAACAGAGUAGCAAACUUCGAGGUGUGCGGACGCUCCCUGGACAAAAAGUUUCUGUGGUGGUCGGAUCCGUUCCUGGAGUUCUACAAGCAAACGGAGACCGGGUGGCAGCUGGCUCACAGGACGGAGGUUAUCUACAACAACCUAAACCCAACAUGGAGACCCUUCCGCAUCUCACUGCGAUCCCUCUGUGGAGGAGACGUGGAAAAACCCAUAAAGGUGGACUGUUAUGACCAUCAUGUCAAUGGGUCCCACAGCCUUAUCGGGAGCUUUAAAGCCACUCUGGCCCAAAUGUUGCUGGGAACUCAUCUCUCCCCGGAAGAAUUUGAAUGCUUAAACCCCAAAAAGUCGAGGAAGAGAAACUAUAAAAACUCUGGGAUGAUAUGCAUAAAGCGCUGCCAGGUGGAGAAGGAUUACACCUUCCUCGAUUAUGUAAUGGGAGGCUGUCAAAUUAACUUCACAAUUGCCAUCGACUUCACCGGCUCCAACGGAGAUCCCGCCUCUCCCCAGUCCCUCCACUACAUCAAUCCUGAGGGGUACAAUGAAUAUUUGAACGCCAUCUUGGCAGUUGGUAAUGUCAUCCAGGACUAUGACAGUAAUAAGAUGUUUCCUGUAUUUGGUUUUGGAGCACAGAUCCCUCCAUCCUGGCAGGUGUCUCACGAGUUUCCAGUCAAUUUCAAUCCAUCUAAUCCAUUCUGCGCUGGCAUAGAGGGGGUGGUGCAAGCCUACCAGCAGUGUCUGCCUCAGGUGAAGCUCUGGGGUCCCACCAACUUCUCCCCAAUCAUCAAACACGUCACGCACUUCGCCAAACAAGCUCUCCACCAGAAUGCGGCCUCGCAAUACUUUGUGCUGCUCAUCCUCACAGACGGAGUGAUCACAGACAUGGACCAGACGCGGGCCGCCGUCGUGGAGGCCUCCCACUUCCCCAUGUCCAUCAUCAUAGUCGGCGUCGGCCAGGCAGACUUUAGCGCCAUGGAGUUCCUGGACAGUGACGAUAAACUGCUGAGAUCGGCCUCCGGGAACGUGGCAGCCCGGGACAUCGUGCAGUUUGUGCCCUUCAGAGAUUUCCACGUAAGCGGAACCUUUGUACUGCUGGGACUA